AUGAUUCCAUUAUUACGCAAUAGAUGUCCACUAUUCUUACGUUCAACAAUUCUUCGUAUUCCAUCCACAUCGGUCUAUGUGAAUAAUUCUCAAAAUAAAAAUUCAUUUUCACUACCUCGAACUGUAUUUGAUGUCAUACCAAAACCAUUGCAUCCUUAUGUGCGUUUGAGUCGCAUUGAUAAACCGACUGGAUCUUGGGUUAUAUUUUUACCGUGUGCGUGGAGUAUUGCGUUGGCUGGUACAACAUUGGCAAAUCUUUAUUUAGCUGGUUUAUUUGGUAUCGGGACAAUAUUAUUACGAGGAGCCGGUUGCACAAUAAAUGAUCUCUGGGAUAAAGAAUUUGAUCGUCGCGUUGAACGAACGAAAUCAAGGCCAAUCGCUAGUGGAGAAUUAUCCAUCAAACAAGGAAUUUUGUGGGCAGGUGUUCAAUUAUCACUAGGCUUUUUAGUACUUAUUCAAUUGAAUUUUCCGACUAUUGUAAUGGGAGUUUUUUCACUAAUACCUCUUUUUAUCUAUCCAGUCAUGAAACGCUACACGAAUUGGCCACAAAUUUGUCUUGGCAUAACACUUAAUUGGGGUGUACUAAUGGGUUUUACAGCAGCAACAGGCUUUCUUUAUCCGGCAGUGAUAAUGCCAUUGUAUUUUGCUAGUAUUGCUUGGACACUUCAUUAUGAUACAAUUUAUGCUCAUCAAGAUAAACAAGACGAUAUACUCGUCGGUGUUAAAUCCACAGCAUUACUUUUUGGAAAAGAUUCAAAAUUAUGGUUACGAGCUUUUUCUAUUGGCAUAAUCUCGCAUUUAAUAACAGCAGGCCUUAGUGUGGAUCAAGCGUGGCCUUAUUAUGCAGGUCUAGUUGGGGUAGGCUAUCAUCUCCAUCGACAAAUCGAAACAGUUAAUUUAAAUGAUAAGCAAUCAUGUUGGACUACAUUUGUGUCGAAUCGUUAUACAGGGUUUAUGAUACUUGCUUGUAUCUUAGCUGGAAAUUUUUUUAAAUGA